AUGGUCUCGUCGACGCCCGGUCCCGUCUACUCGUUCCUCCACUCGCUCCCCGUCCCCUCGCUCCCUUUCAACAUCGAGCACUGGGUGCCCGGCUCGACCCCGCUGUCGACCACGCCCGAGGUCGUAUACGCCAUCACCUUCUACCUCGUCGUCAUCUUUGGCGGCCAGGCCCUCAUGCGUGGCUCCAAGCCCUACCGCUUCAAGCCGUUGUUCAUGCUCCACAACUUCCUUCUCUCGGCGGGCUCGGCCCUCCUUCUCGCCCUCAUGCUCGAGGAGAUCCUCCCCAUCGUCUGGGAGCACGGCCUCUUCUACGCCAUCUGCCACAACGACGCCUGGACCCCUCGCAUGGAGACCUACUACAUCUUCAACUACUUCUUCAAGUACUGGGAGCUGUUCGACACGGCCUUCCUCGUCGUCAAGAAGAAGCCGCUCCAGUUCCUCCACGUGUUCCACCACACGGCGACCGCCGUCCUCUGCUACACCCAGCUCAACGGCCGCACCUCGGUGUCGUGGGUCGUCAUCACCCUCAACCUCUUCGUCCACGUCCUCAUGUACUACUACUACUUCAUGACGGCCGCCGGCUACAAGAUCUGGUGGAAGAAGUACCUCACGACGCUCCAGAUCACCCAGUUCGUCAUCGACCUCUUCACCGUCUACUUUGCGUCGUACUCGUACUUCACCGCGACCUACCUGCCGACGUGGCCGACCAUGGGCUCGUGCGCCGGCACCGAGAGCGCCGCCCUCCUCGGCUGCGGCCUCCUCACCUCGUACCUCUUCCUCUUCAUCAGCUUCUACGCCAAGACGUGA